AUGUUAGAAAGGGGUAGCACUACGGUGGCAAGUGCAUCUUUCAGAGUGGGCGACGAGAAAUGGAGGGGUGUGCGGAAGGACGGGAAAAUAUUCCUCCAGUUAGAAUCUUCCGUAAACCCACAAAAGAUAAAGGCCAGUAUCAUCCUACUGCCCGUUAAAAAAGAAGAAGUAAAAGCCGAAGUGCCAAUUACUGACUUAAAAGAAGGGGAGAUGGUUGGAAAAUUCUUUUACAUGACCAGUGGAGGGUAUUACAAAAGAACAUUUUGUGUCUUGGUUACAGAGAGUGGUGAUAGUGAAGAUUUUUAUGUUAAAGGGUAUGACAUUGCAGUGAAAGCUAUUGCUGAGCUAAAGGAUAAAUCUUACCAACUCAAGUUUGCUUCUAAACAAAAAGGAAAGGAAGAUGAAUUAGCAAACAAGUUACUUCAUUGUGGUAUUGGUCGUAAUCAGCUAAUUAUCUGCAGCUUUGAUGAAAACAGGGAAACAUUAGCCAACUUAUUCUCUGCUGUGGAUAUUGCUAUAUUUCCCUCAAAAACUGAGGGAUUCGGGUUGAGCUCUCUUCAAGCUAUAUCCGCUGGUCUUCCAGUACUUGUCAGUGGCAACUCAGGAAUUGCAGAAGCCUUAAGGAAGGUGCCUCUUGGGUCACAGUGUAUAGUGGAUUCAGAGGAUCCUGCUGAAUGGGCCAGAGCAAUCAAGGCUGUGCGUUACAAAGAAAGGAAUGUACGACUUGCAGAGGCUAGGAUUCUUCGCGAAAACUAUUUGCAGCAGUUCAGCUGGGAGAAGCCCUGUAAUUCCCUUGUUGAAAAGAUGUACAGUCUUGCAUUUGAUCAAAAAUUAAACAUCAAAGUUGGUGUGGAACAUAUCAAACUUGCAGAUCAUGAUGCUUAUAGUACAGCUUCAGUUUCAGCUCUAGAGCCAGCAGGAUAUCAGAAGGCAUCCACAGCUUCAGGCACAAAGAGAAAAAGACAAUCUGAUACAGAUUUAGAAGAUCUAGAACUACUCCAAAAGAAAACCCUGUGCUUAAUUGCUAUAAAUUACCUUAAUACUACACCACCUCAGAACAGGGAUGAACGCAAUGAGUUUGAGGAAUACUUAGAUAAAAUGAAGGUCCGCAUAUUAGAUGUUUCUGUCAAUAGUUUGGUAAUAACAGUAAAGUGCGAAUCUCUCAAGAGCUUGGAGGAAUUAUGGGAAGAUUACUCAUGCGGCCUUUUGGAUAAGAUGGUUCGAGAUUGUUUUGUGACUGAAAAGAUCUUGAAGGAACUGAACCUGGCAGAACUGAAGCUGAAAACAACAAUGGACAUAGAAGAGUACAAUGCAUGCAAAUUGUACUUUCUUGAGAAGGAUGCACUCAGAGGUCAGUUGAAAGAAAGAAAAAGGCCUGGUCCUUUGCAAAAAUGUUUUGAAAUGAUUAAAAACACCAGGCAUUACUCAUUCAACAUAGUGCACAACAGGGUUAACACACAUGUAAAGAGGGUCCAAGUUUUGUUCACUGUAGAACCAAUUAUAUCAUGA